UGAACUAGGUAAUAAUGUUAUAUUGUAAUUGCGAAAAGGACAUAACUGCAAAUAUAUGCACAAUCAAAGGAUAAAUUAGUACACCCACUCAAAAUAAAAACCCCACUAUCCCUUCCCCAGUACGAGGGUUUAUGCAGGGCUUUAAUUCUGCUCCUCCCUCUCAAAUUCUCAACUUCAAUGCCGUUCUUUUGAAGCACCCCAAAUUAGCCCUCAAGCAACCUUUCCAAUCUCAAUUCUGUCCCUCUAAAUCAGCUAAUUCUCCUUCAAUGCUAAAGCUUCUAUCCUCUUCCUCUGCUCUACAAUCCCGGGCUCAAUGCCUUGCGCAACCGGCGACGGCCCUCCGGGUCGUGAGCGACUCGGCGGCAGGAGCGAGUCCCUUUUUCAAGGUGCUGAAUUCUAUUACUGGGUUUUCUCGGAGAAGUUCUAAGUUGGAUCGGAGAGCGUUCUUCUGUUCGGAUUCCAGUGAUGGUGGCAGCGGCGAGCCGGUGGUGGAGGUGGAGGUGAAGGCGCCUGAAACUGAGGGCGAAGGUGCCGAUGGAAGGAGCUCCUCUGCUAUUGUUCCAACUAAUCCGAGGCCGGAGGAUUAUUUGACGGUUUUGGCAUUGCCAUUGCCACAUAGACCACUUUUUCCAGGUUUCUACAUGCCCAUCUAUGUGAAGGAUCCUAAAUUGUUGGCAGCUUUACAAGAAAGCCGAAAAAGGCAAGCCCCAUAUGCUGGUGCUUUCCUUCUUAAAGAUGAGCCAGGGACUGAUCCUAGUGUGGUAUCUGGUUCUGAAACCGAUAAGAACAUCUAUGAUCUUAAGGGAAAAGAGCUGUUUGACCGUCUUCACGAAGUUGGCACCCUUGCUCAGAUUACAAGCAUCCAGGGAGAUCAGGUUAUUCUUAUUGGACACAGGCGGCUGCGAAUAACAGAAAUGGCCAGCGAGGAUCCCCUCACAGUCAAAGUUGACCAUCUUAAGGAUAAACCGUAUAAUAAGGAUGAUGAUGUUAUAAAGGCAACAUCAUUUGAGGUUAUAUCAACCCUUAGGGAUGUUCUGAAGACAAGUUCCCUUUGGAGAGAUCAUGUUCAAACAUAUACUCAGCACAUAGGUGAUUUUAAUUUUCCAAGGUUAGCAGAUUUUGGAGCUGCAAUAUCUGGUGCAAACAAACUGCAGUGCCAGCAAGCUCUUGAAGAGCUGGAUGUGUAUAAACGUCUAAAACUUACACUGGAAUUGGUGAAGAAAGAAAUGGAAAUCAGCAAGAUUCAGGAAUCUAUUGCAAAAGCAAUUGAAGAGAAAAUAAGUGGGGAGCAACGUCGUUAUCUAUUGAAUGAGCAGCUUAAGGCCAUAAAAAAGGAAUUGGGAUUGGAAACAGAUGACAAAACAGCUUUAUCUGCAAAAUUUAGGGAAAGGCUUGAGCCAAACAGGGAAAAAUGCCCGCCCCAUGUUUUACAAGUUAUAGAAGAGGAACUGACAAAGCUACAGCUGUUAGAGGCCAGCUCAAGUGAAUUUAAUGUUACUCGUAAUUAUCUUGAUUGGUUGACUGCACUGCCUUGGGGGACUUACAGUGAUGAAAAUUUUGAUGUCUUUCGGGCGCAAAAGAUUCUUGAUGAGGAUCACUAUGGAUUGUCUGAUGUGAAGGAAAGAAUAUUGGAGUUUAUAGCGGUUGGAAAGCUCAGAGGAACAUCGCAAGGAAAAAUCAUCUGUCUUUCUGGCCCACCUGGUGUUGGCAAAACAAGCAUUGGUCGUUCAAUUGCACGUGCCUUGAAUCGUAAGUUCUAUCGGUUUUCUGUAGGAGGGUUAGCUGAUGUUGCAGAAAUCAAGGGGCAUCGUCGAACCUAUAUUGGUGCAAUGCCUGGAAAGAUGGUGCAGUGCCUGAAAAGUGUUGGCACUGCCAAUCCUCUAGUCCUAAUUGAUGAGAUUGACAAGUUGGGAAGGGGACAUGCUGGUGAUCCAGCAAGUGCUUUGUUGGAGUUGCUUGAUCCAGAGCAAAAUGCUAAUUUCCUGGACCACUAUCUUGACGUUCCGAUUGACCUAUCAAAGGUGUUGUUUGUGUGCACUGCAAAUGUUAUUGAUAUGAUACCUAACCCCCUCUUGGACAGAAUGGAGGUUAUUGCUAUUGCUGGGUACAUAACUGAUGAGAAGAUGCACAUUGCGAGAGAUUAUUUAGAGAAGACUACGCGUGAAGCAUGUGGCAUUAAGCCUGAGCAGGUUGAGGUGACUGAUUCUGCUCUGCUUGGCCUGAUAGAAAAUUACUGCAGAGAAGCAGGGGUCCGGAAUCUUCAAAAGCACAUAGAAAAGGUCUACCGUAAGAUUGCUUUGCGACUUGUGCGACAAGGGGAAUUAAAUGAAUCUGCAACUGCAGUUCAGGAUACGAAAUCCGUGGAAGAAAAGGCAGAAACCAUACAUGAGCCAAGCAGAGAAACGGUUGGCAGUGAGACUAAUGUCGGAUCCAAACCAGGAGAAGGUAGUAGUGACAAACUUGCUUCUGAAAUCUCCGCCGAAGCUGAGACAGUGCAGACUACUCUUCAACCGGACCAACCUACAGAUUCAAAGGAUACAACAGAAGCUGAGAAAAUUCAGGAAACUGAAGCAACUAAGGCAGUUGACAAGGUUUUGGUUGACCCGUCCAACCUAUCUGAUUUUGUUGGCAAACCUGUCUUCCAUGCGGAGCGCAUUUAUGAUCAGACUCCAGCUGGAGUAGUGAUGGGUCUUGCUUGGACUGCUAUGGGUGGUUCUACCUUGUAUAUAGAGACCACUCUAAUUGAGCAAGGAGAGGGAAAAGGAGCCCUCCAUCUCACUGGUCAACUUGGAGAUGUUAUGAAAGAGAGUGCCCAGAUUGCGCACACGGUUUCCAGAGCAAUAUUGCUUGAGAAAGAACCGGAUAACCCUUUCUUUGCCAACUCCAAAGUUCAUCUUCAUGUUCCUGCCGGAGCCACCCCAAAGGAUGGGCCUAGUGCGGGUUGCACCAUGAUCACGUCCUUGCUGUCUCUUGCCACAAAGAAGCCUGUCAGAAAGGAUCUAGCAAUGACUGGGGAAGCAACACUAACAGGGAAAAUUCUUCCCAUUGGUGGAGUUAAGGAGAAAACUAUAGCUGCAAGAAGGAGCGAUGUGAAGACCAUCAUAUUCCCUUCUGCAAAUCGGAGAGAUUUUGACGAGCUUUCACCUAAUGUGAAAGAAGGCCUUGAUGUCCACUUCGUAGACGACUACAGCCAGAUAUUUGAUUUGGCCUUUAAUUCUGAAGAGAAAACUGAAACAUAGAAGAAUAAAGAGAGUCAAUUCGCAGCAUUACUCCAUUUUUCUGGCAAUAAUAGAAAGUAUUCUUUGUGACCCGUUUUUUGUAUCAUUUUGGAUUAGAUUUCUAUCACCAUUCCCUGAAAACAAUGUAGAGAUGGAGAUUUGUUCCUCAUGUGGGUGGAUCCUAUUCGCAUACCGGUUAAGUUUCUUUCCUUUUUUUUUCCUUCUUUUUUUGGCCCUUGUAAAAUAACCACCCAUUUGUCACCUAUUAUGAAAUCUUUUAGAUUUGCAUUUAUUAUAUACAAAAUCUGGCCGCAAAAUCAAGAGUCUUA